UCGCAGCGACCCUCCGCCGGCGCGGAGCAGGGUUUCCCGCCGCCCCCCCCCGCGCUCUCCCCGGCCCGGGUCCGCGCAGACAUGGCCAGCGGGGGCCUGCAGCUCCUGGGCUUCGUGCUGGCCUUCCUGGGCUGGAUCGGCAUCAUCAUCAGCACCGCCAUGCCCCAGUGGAAGAUGGCAUCCUACGCGGGGGACAACAUUGUCACGGCCCAGGCGCUCUACGAGGGGCUAUGGAUGUCGUGCGCCAUGCAGAGCACGGGGCAGAUCCAGUGCAAGGUGUAUGACUCGCUGCUCAAGCUGGAGAGCAGUCUGCAGGCCACUCGGGCUUUGAUGGUGGCUGCAAUACUCCUGGGCCUUGUUGCUGUAUUUGUUGCUGUGACUGGCAUGAAAUGCAUGAAGUGCAUGGAAGAUGACCAGGUGAAGAAGAUGCGGAUGGCUGUCUUCGGUGGGGUGAUCUUCAUCAUUGCAGGUUUGGCAGCACUGGUGGCCACGUCGUGGUACGGCAACAGAGUGGCUCGGGCCUUUUAUGACCCUUUCACCCCUGUCAACACCAGAUUUGAGUUUGGAUCAGCUCUCUUCAUAGGCUGGGCGGCUGCUUCUCUGGCCAUUCUGGGGGGAGCCUUCCUCUGCUGCUCCUGUCCACGGAGAGAAACUUCAUAUCCACCUGCCCGAGGCUAUCCAAAAAAUGCCCCCUCCACAGGGAAGGAUUAUGUAUAAUGAAACAAAGAAGAGGAGCCACCAGCACUGGUAGUGAAAGCGUUUUGGAGAGGACACUACAAUGCCACUGUCCUGAGCAGAGUUCAGAUUCUAGGUUCUGCCUUCCUCUUCUCCCCAAAAAUGUGUAUAUUUUUGUAAUCCUCUUUGCUACUGGACAUAACUUCUCCUUUCUCUCCCAGCCCAUGGAGGAAGGCUAGCCUAGGUUCAUAGGUAUUGCCACUGGAAAGAUGAAACCUCCAAGCUUGGGUUAAGUUUAGUAUUUGGGAGUAAAAGGGAAAAAUGAUACUGUUUUUUUAGAUGGAUGUUGGUGCUUUUUUUAGUUGUUUUUUUAAAAAAAUAGAUGGUAACAAUUCAGUCCCAUAUCCCAUUAAGUUAGAGCCCAGUGUGGUGUGUGUAGAAAUUAAAAGAACAUAUAUUAUAUACAAAGUGAUGAAGCCAAUAGCUUAAGGGGAAACAUAAUUUUAGGGAAAAGACUUUACAUGUAGGAAUGUUUGAAGAGAUCUAAAAUGCUCUUGUACCAUCUUAUUGGCGUCAUCUUCAGCACCCUCCUUUCUGUGCAGAUUGGCAUGACAAAGGGUCAGACACAAUUAAAUUGCUGUGACUUAACAAAUUGAAACCUGUAACUGUCCGUCUCAUGCUGUUGGCCAACAGAAGAUGCAGUGUAAGGUGGCUUGGCUUAAGUGUAUAUUGUCACUCUUUUGACAAAAUCUUCUAAGUUGACUGUAUCUGAGCAAAAGGCUGCAAAAUUGUGACUACAGAGGUUAGCAGACUCCCAAAGCAGCUGCAGGUUUCUCUGGUGCCAGGGAGGAGCUAAAAAAAAAAACAGAUGGCCUUCUGUUUUCACUGGGUGUCUCUGGUGGGGCUGUUGCUGCUGCUCAUCUUAGACAGCGGGUGCUGCCAGUGAUUGUUUCUCCAUGUUCCUACCCUAGUACCUAACCGAGCUUGAAGCUUUAUCCUCUUGUGUGUGUUACAGGCCACCUUUUAACAUACACACACAUUUUCCUCUUUCCUCGAGUCUUUCUCAUGUGGGCUUAGUUACUGAUCUCAGUUUGCUGUAUGCAGCUAAAUGUGUUAAACCAAACUGAAUGCACUGCCGCUCCCUGAUGUUUCCCCAAGGAUACCUCACAUGCUGCCAUUUGAUCCUGUCUUUUUUCCUGUAAACACUUUCAGUGAUAUGAAGGCAAAUUCCAAGGAAACUGACCCAAAGAUUAUGGCAUUUUCUUUUAAUCCAAGCUCACCAAAGAGGAAGAAACUAGCGUUUUAAAGAUAAAGCCAUCCUUGCAUAUUAAGUCAUAUCUAAAAAAAAAUGCAACUCAUCAAAGUCACUUGGUGUUUGACUUAACACUGUCUGAAGUUGGCUGGAGUCAAGUCUCAUAAUUCCUAGAAGGAUGGUACCAGUUCUCCAAAGUUCAACCUUUUUCUACAGAAGGAAACUGGUUGCUUCUGACCAGGCUUUAUAAUUGUGUAUGUGUUCAGAGGCAUCAGAUUUCUUGAUUUCCUUCUGUAGACAGGGAGAGUCUCUGGGGCUGAGGUAUGUACAACCAUGGUGUUGGUGGCUUGUAUAAGCCUUGUACAUCUGUUUGACCUGACUCUGCAACAUAAAUCAAAAUUACUAAAAGAAACCAACCAGAGCAUUUGCUUCAGGCUUGAGUUGAUGUUGGCCUGUACUUGGAGCUGGGUCAUGUGGCUUCCACUUCUCCAUGGGGAAUUGCCUGUGCACAGCAGCUGCCUCAUGAGACCUCAUCUUAGGAGGUGGCAGCUCAGGUCACAUUAAAGAGCUGCUGAAGUCUGUGCUUUUGUAUUUGCAUUAACCCUGAGCCAGGGAGCAGACGCUUGUAUUGGGAACUUGUAUAAAGCGUUUAAACAAUUUCAAUAAAUGGACUUUUUUAAGGAAAA